AAUAAAGCGAAUAUAACGUCAUUGCUAAUAGUGUCUUCGCGUUUAAAUUUCCUGUAUGUUUUAGCAUUCUUCAUUCCUCACGGGACUUUGCUGAACUCGAAGAUAGCUAGCUUCCAAAGUUUCCAAGUUGGACAAAAUGAAAUUCGGCGUAGCCAUUCUGAUUGGAUGCGUGCUACUGGUUAAGUACCACGUAAAUGCAGAAACCGUUUUUCAGACAGAUAACGAAGAAAGUGACAAGCUGGAGAAUUUAGAUAACGCUGAAGAGGAAGAGUUUGUGGACGACAGUGCUGUGCCUAAAGAAGCAGACUUUUGGAAUGUUAUUAGCGACGUUGACGACCAAAAGGAGACGGAAAAUCAUAACGAUUUUCUUGGAGAACAGUCUGAAUUUAACGAGUUGUUUGGGUCCCCAAAAAGGGGUUUUCGGCCUUUCACAUCAGUGGCACCGACACCCACAACUACUAUGGCUCCAGCGACGGCCAUUCCAAUGCCAACGACUGUAUCGCCUCCAGCUGUUGUGCUCGGUUUGGUCGAGGGAGGGAACCUACUUGGAUGGAUGAUGUUCACUGUACCGGUUCGGAACGAUCUCUAUCGGAGUGCCGUUUUCGAGGAUGGGGAAUUGAGGAUUGCAGUCAUAGUGAAGAUGCAGGUGUUGUGUGUGGCAUUUCAGGACCAGUGACGCCAACACCGACGUCAACGCCUAUAGUUUCUUCAUCAGUUGUAUGCCCUUUUAUAUCAUGCUUAAAUGGAGGAUCGCCACACUGCCGUAAUGGACAAGCUUUCUGCUAUUGUUUCUUUGGCUAUUAUGGACCACGAUGCCAGUAUUACAGGUAUACUACCACCGCCAGACCAUACACUACCUGGCCAUGGAGACCAACCAGUACCUGGAGACCAUACACUACCUGGCCAUGGAGACCAACCACUCCCUGGAGACCAUACACUACUAGACGUCCCUCAAGAUUUGAUUUGAGGAUUCUGCUCAAAAUACUCAAAGGCCUCACGACUCUGUUGGAUGGGAUUAAAGAUGGAAUCAAAGCAGGAAUUUCGAGUAAUGGUAUCAGACAGUACAAGAGAGAAGUCACGUCGAUGUUGGGACAAUUGGAGUUAAAGGCUGGUGCCAUCAAGGAAUCCAAUGAUCCAAGGAAGGUCAUCCUGCUGAAAAAUGUGGGCCACGUGCGCGAACAAGCGCAAAUUCUGAUGAAACGACUUGAAGAAAUACCAGAGGAAAACGAAAUACACGAAUGAGCCAAGAACACUAGACAAUACAGGAACAAAUGGAUCGACUCAAGGAAAAAACGCACUUAAGAAACUUCCACUUAAUUAAGAUAAUCUUAGGAUAAUUUCAAUCGGCCCUGGACAGAGUUUCUGUCGUUAAAGGCCAAACCAUGUAAGAUGACAGGAACAAUACAAUCGUGUAUUGUAUACAAUACAUGAGAAGCCGAAUUUCUUGUCAUGGCUGCCAUCACGUUAAUAUGUAGAUUGUUAAGCUAGCAAAAUUUCUUAAAUUUCAUAUUGUUGUUUUAUUUUUAAGUGUUUUUUUAUUUUAUUUUUCUAAUCAUUUACUAGGCAAGGGUUUAAGUUAAGGAUUUAAUAAAAAAAAAGCAUUGUA